GCGGCGGCCUCCGAGGAGGAGCGGCCGUGGGAAGCGAACUGGGGGAGGAGAGUGAUUACCGGAGAAGGUCCUGGUGGGGAGCCCGUGACCCUUUGCCGUCGUCCAAUGAGGGAACGGGCGGAAAGGCUUUUUUUCUUUCGAGUUUGUUUCCUUCUUAAUUGACCGGCGAGAGCUGUCGCGGUGAGGCGGUGGCCGGGCCGCACAACCUGCCGGGGACCCGGCGUCGGCGACGAGCCGCGGGGCCGCGCUCCUCCCGCUGACCUGCCUCCGACGUGGGUCGGUCCUCCGAGCUGUCAGCGCACUUGCGGGGAGAAACGGGUAGUGGUGGCUCCCUUGGUUAAGAGCGAGAUUCUCCAGGUGGUUUUACUGGCUGUACUUCUCAAUGUUUGGGGAGUAUUUUGUAGCUUUUAAAACUAACGGAGUCUGCGAUCGGUGGGUUACCUUGAAGAGAAGACUUUUGCAUAUUUUUGUUGGCCGUAACCUUCCCUUGAAUGAUAGGGCGUGUAUAUUUUAAGUGGGUAAUGAAAUUAGGAAAUCACAGCGGGCAGGUUUUUUUAUUCAUCCGGGGCCUUUCUGAUUCAAAGUCUGUUUUGUUAUCCUCUCAAGACAGCGUUUGAGUGGCCGCUGGGUUGGUUAGUUGACAUCGUAAGAGUAUUUUGUUGUUGUUUCUGAUCGUCAACAUUUAUGAUAGGGAUCAUUCUAAGGCCGAUUUCGUGAUUAAAGAUUGUGCGACAAGCAAAAUUGGACCUUAGCUAGUGCUUACUUACUCAUAUAACUUUUUCCACUGACCAGUUAAAGUUUUUAAGGGUUAACGUCUUUAAAAAGGUGAAUACUAGCCAAAUUAACCAAAGUAACAGGAGGUUAUUUAAAUUAACUAGAAUAAGAGCAGUUUUUGUUGAAUCAUUGGUUUCUCCCUGAGAGAGGAGUGUGUGGCCUAUAAGGAUUGAAAGUAGAUAAUUUUGAAAUAGUAUUCCACUCUUCCAUGAUUUAUGUAAUUCUGAGCAGCUCUCUUUUGUGUGUCAGGGUCCUCAUUUUUUUUAAAUGAAAAAUUUCUGCAGAAAAUUAUCUAUAGGUAUUUUUGUAUUCUUAAGGCCAUGGUAUAUCAUUAGAAGACCAUAUACCAGGGUCUAUAUUUAACUAUAAUCUGCUUUUUGUCCAAAGAUGGGUCUUGCAGUAGAGGUAAGAGGUCACACAACUGUCAUAUGGAAUUUUAGAUCACUGGAAGAGCACUUUGAACACUGCAUCAGUGAGGAAAGUAAGGCCUUUAGGAAUUGAGUGAUUUGUCCAUGGUCCCCAAGCUGUGCUUUUGAACUAUGUGGAGGUGGAAACAGUAGUAUGUAUUCAUGAUUAAAUUAGCAUUAAUUUUAUAAAAAAUAAUAGAUGUUGUAGACCAGGAUUUAAAAUUAUAAAGAAGCAGGUUUAAUUUUAAGAGUGUUUGACUUGGAGUAACUUAUUGACUUCGGCUAAAUAUUACCACAAAAUUAUUAAAUUAUAAGCUUAUUAUUGAAAGUACAAUUGCUAGCAGUUAACACUUUUCAAAAUCUGCACUUGUAGCCUCUUGGUGAAUUUUUCUUUUUGAUGACUUAACUUUCCUUGCCAUUGGUUCUAGUUUGGAAUAUAAUUUCCUUUUCCAUGAAUGAAGUUAAUGGAGACUUACUAAGAUCUGUACUAUAAUGAUCAAAGUAUAUAGUUGUUUAUCUAUGGUUGGUAUCCACCUAUGGGUAAUAUCAGAUAAUUACCUGUCUCUCCAUGGAUAAUUGAGGUAAAAAUUACAAAAAGUUAGAAGAAACUACCUGGAAACUGGAAUAUAAUAUCUUGAAAGUUGAUGAAUAGUGCAAAAAAGAGACAUAUUUCCAUAUUUUCCCUAUCCCAAAAGGCAUUCUUAAUCCAUGCAAUAGAAGCACUCCAAUGUUAAUCAUCAUCCACUUUUGCAGUGGUACAACUUGUUGAGAAUCCUAAAGCCUAAAUAUUUCACUCAUAUGAAUGGGAUAUUUUAAUUAAUAAAGAUCAUAUUCCUAGAUGUGUGCCCAGCAGAUUAUGGUUGCUUUAAGAUCGUAAUGUAGGUUGUAUCUUCUAAGAGUCUUUAAAGUUAAUAUCAUUUAAAAGUAUUUAGUUUUUUCUUCACAUUUGUCAUGUACGUGUUCUCUCUGAAGGGAAAAAAAAUAAUUGCAUGGUUCAAUUUUAGUAAUGGUCAUGAAAUGUCUUCUUGUUUCAUUAUAAUUUAGAGUGGACAUUAUAAUUUAUAGUAGACAAGAGUAUGAAAAGUCACCUAGCAUAAAACGAAUAUUUUCGUAAGCAUGAUCUCAAGCCUAUUACUUUUUAUAAAAUAGGUAUGUUAUGCUGCCUUAAUAUAUUUCAUUUUUAAAAAUCAUAAAUUUAAGACCAUAAAUUCUUAGCUCCGGCCGAAAUUUGAAUUUGAGUUUUAAACUCUUUAAAUGCGUAUUAUUUAAAUAGAUGUAUUUUCCCCAGCCUCUUCUGAAACAAUCACCUUGGAGCAACCAUCAGAGCAGUGGCUGGGGCACUGGAAGUAUGUCCUGGGGAGCAAUGCAUGGCAGAGAUCAUCGUAGAACUGGAAACAUGGGAAUUCCAGGAACUAUGAAUCAGAUAUCUCCACUGAAGAAACCAUUUUCUGGUAAUGUCAUAGCACCACCGAAAUUCACGCGCUCUACUCCAUCACUGACUCCAAAAUCUUGGAUUGAAGAUAAUGUGUUCAGAACAGACAACAAUAGUAAUACACUCUUACCCUUACAGGUAAGAAUGGUAUGUAAAUGGCCUUAUUUCUAAUGUUAAUCUUUCAAAAUAGGAAACUGGGUGGUGGUGGUAGUAAUAGUGUAGCAAAAUUAAUGGAUUAAAAGAGAGAAAGCUCUAACUUUUAAGCAUAUAAUUUAUCAAAGGUUAAAAUACCUAUACAGAGAAAAUUGAGAAUAGAAAAAAAUCUCUAGAGAACACAUAAUAGAAAAUAAGCUUUGUAAAAUGUAGAAAAUCUUGGUAUAGUUCUUAAAUACAUAUUGGAGCUUUUAACUGGCAGCACCUUAAGGAUGCCUUAAUUCAUUAAUCUUUAAUAGGCCACCAGAAUAAGUUUCUCCUCCAGUAUUGCUAAACUAAGGUGUUUUGUAAUUGUGCAUAGAUUUGACUGUAUCAGCUAUAUGUACAUUCAAAUAUAGUUAACAUAGGUAUGAUUAUGGCAGAAUAAUAUUAGGACUUUCUACAUCAAAUUAAAAUUUGUUCCCUGGUUCCGUGACUAUUUUUUUCUAAAUGUGGCCUAAUGCUUUGGAUGAUUAGACGUUUUUUUCAGGGCUUAUAAUAUUUUGUUGAUGUUAAAGGUUGAUGAAGUCCCCUUAUGAAUAUCUAAAAUGAGAUUUUUUUUCCCCUUAAAACCAUUAGAGGAUGGAACAAAGAUAUAAGAUAGAACUUUGAUUGUUUUUUUUUUUUUUUCUUUUCAUUCUUCCUUUUUUUGUGUGGGUGGGUAUGGGGACGAGAACUGCUUAUUCUGAUGAAAACUUCUAUGCUAUUGAAGGUGAGAUCUAGUUUGCAGUUGCCAGCUUGGGGCUCAGAUUCACUCCAAGAUAGUUGGUGCACUGCAGCCGGAACAUCCAGAAUAGACCAGGAUCGAAGUAGAAUGUAUGACAGUUUGAAUAUGCACUCUCUGGAAAAUUCCCUUAUUGAUAUUAUGAGAGCAGAGCAUGAUCCUCUUAAGGGCUUUUAUGAGGCAUGCAUUGAGAUUUGGGAGUGAGGUCAGGAAUGACUGUCCUGCCCAUUGGAUCUGAGCAGAGAUUGGAGUUAUUCAAGGUCGAUUGAGCUAUCCACACCCAGGAACUGACAAUCUGUUGAUGUUAAAUGCAAGGAGUUAUGGGAGAAGACGAGGUCGUUCUUCCCUUUUUCCAAUAGAUGAUGGCUUGCUGGAUGAUGGCCACAAUGAUCAAGUUGGUGUUUUAAAUUCACCCACAUGUUACUCAGCUCAUCAGAAUGGAGAGCGAAUAGAACGUUUCUCUCGAAAAGUUUUUGUUGGUGGUCUUCCUCCAGAUAUUGAUGAAGAUGAAAUAACUGCUAGCUUCAGAAGAUUUGGGCCUUUGGUGGUAGAUUGGCCUCAUAAAGCAGAAAGCAAGUCCUAUUUUCCACCAAAAGGCUAUGCCUUCCUUCUCUUUCAAGAAGAAAGCUCAGUUCAGGCACUAAUUGAUGCUUGUAUUGAAGAAGAUGGAAAACUCUAUCUGUGUGUUUCCAGCCCUACCAUCAAGGACAAACCUGUUCAGAUCCGUCCUUGGAAUUUAAGUGAUAGUGAUUUUGUGAUGGAUGGUUCUCAGCCUUUGGAUCCUCGAAAAACAAUUUUUGUUGGAGGUGUUCCUAGGCCAUUAAGGGCUGUGGAGCUUGCUAUGAUCAUGGACCGGCUGUAUGGUGGUGUUUGUUAUGCGGGAAUUGAUACAGAUCCUGAGCUGAAAUAUCCAAAAGGUGCUGGUCGAGUUGCUUUCUCCAAUCAGCAGAGCUAUAUUGCUGCCAUUAGUGCUCGGUUCGUUCAGCUUCAGCACGGUGAUAUUGAUAAACGCGUGGAGGUAAAGCCAUAUGUGCUAGAUGACCAGAUGUGUGAUGAGUGCCAGGGCGCACGCUGUGGUGGAAAAUUUGCUCCCUUUUUUUGUGCCAAUGUCACUUGCCUGCAGUAUUACUGUGAGUUUUGUUGGGCAAAUAUCCACUCUCGUGCAGGACGUGAGUUCCAUAAGCCAUUGGUAAAGGAAGGUGCUGAUCGCCCACGUCAGAUCCACUUCCGCUGGAACUAAGAAGAGCAAACCGGCCUCUGUUUAACAAGGAGAGAAAGGGUGCAUGUGGCUUCCUGUGUCUGAAGAUACUGACAUGCAGAAGAAAUAAGUGCAUUCUUCUGCUUUCACCCCAGCUAUCAAUACAUGCAUCUUUAUCAGCAGCCAAAACACUACAAGCCUCUUGUUUUUCACCAAAACCCUACAUCUCAGGCUUACUAAUUUUUGUGAUAUUUUCAUGUUAAAAUAAAAUGUUUUUUUGUAUUUCCUCCAAGUUAUUUUUAUAUGUAAAGUUAAAAUUAGAUACGAGAAUGUGUUGCGUAGGGGCAAACAGUCUGCUGCUAUGUAGUGGGUGAAGCGUGCACUUAUUUCUAAACGUGGGUUUUUAACUUCAAGAUCUGCCCCAGUAAUUUACCAAAGGUAGCAAAAUAAUAGUGAAGAUGGAAUAUGUCUGCUACAAAUGCUUAUUUUUAUUGUUGCUAUUUUCAGUGUAUACAUAAACUAAAAAUUAGGGUUGAUUUUUUUGCUCUCCAUUUUGACUUGCAAGAAAUAAUACCUCAAGAUAAUCUGAUUUAUUAGCUAUUUUUAAACAUUUUUAAUCACAAGCUGUAUUAGCUUUGCUGCUAUAUAGGUGUUAUGUGUAAAUGCCACCUAUUAAUACGGGAUUGAAAACGUUAGAGACACACUGCAUUGCGGAUAAAAUGCAGGCAGCACAAUAUGGCCUAAACUGCCAUAGUUUUAGAAUGUGAAGAAAAAAAAAAAUGCAUGUUUACUUACCUGUAUACACCAUAUGCAUGCACUAGAAUUAUUAACUAACAAGAGGUGAGGUAUUGCAAAUGUUCAAAAAAGCUCUCUUGAAUCUAGGUAGCAUGAACAAAUUAUAAAAUUUGUUUAAAAAAAGCAAACUUGCAUGCAUUAUUGUGACUUCAAGUUUUAAAAAAAUGUCCUACAUGUGUACAAUAUGCAAAUUAGCUUUAGAUUAGAGAGUGCAGCCAUUUUGUGAUCUGGUCGGUAGUGGAAUUCGAUUUUAUGCAGACUGGAUGUAAUAUUUGUAAUCCCUGUGCAAUUUUGUGAUGUGCGGUUCUAAUUCAUGUACAGUGAUAUAGUAUAGAUAAAAGAUUGAAUACAAGAAAAACACUAGAAUUUUAAAGAAAGUUGAUUUUAGCCCCUUUGAUAGUUCAUGGUUAAGACAUCCUUUAUAAACCAAAGAUGGCCAGCACACUGCUAACCAGUCACCAAAUGUAAGACCCACAGAAAGCCCAUAUUUAAACAAGUGAACUUUUAUCAAAGAAUGCAAAACUUCAGUACACUUAAAUAAAGUCAAAAUGGAGAUGGGGAAAUAUACAGAUGGCUAGUUGCAUAAAAUUCAAUUUUACCUUAAAGAUAAUGGUGAAAUCUGGCUUAAACUUGCUUAAGUGUUUGACUUAUGUAUAUUAGGGUCUUCUGUCUAAACUGGGGUCACUGUUGCAUGGAACAUUGUUGUUCUUAAUGGUUAAGAAUUGCUUUUUUUUAAAUUUUGAUGAAGGAAUUUUGGUAAUGACUUUGCUUGCAGUUUUUUUUUUUUUUUUUGAGAAAGUGGCAUGGAAACAUGCAAUAGUUAAUGAGUUUCUCUUGGUACUGAACACUAUUAGAAUAUCAUUAGUGAUAUUUUUUCUCUUUAGAGCAUUUUUAAUGCAACUAUCCCCUAUAUUUUAACGUAAGAGUUACUCUGCAAUCUAAGCAAAGCACCCACAAUGGUAGAUGUUUUUUAAAAAUGCUGAACUAAGAUUCUUGACUCUAAAGAGAGAAAAUUACAAGGGUGUUGCCUUACUGCAGCCCCUUGGGACAAUCCUUCACGUAAGCAAAGUGUUGAUCUUAAUAUUGGUUGUCUAUGGUGUGCUUUUUUGUACUGUAAAAAUAUGUGGUUCAUGUCUAACUCUGCUGUUUUAUUGUGGUUGUGGUUCAAGUUUUUAAUGUUUAAAGUUGAUGCUGUUUUCAGAAGAGCUUUUUACUAAUUUAUUUGUCGAUGUUCCCUAUUUGUUACUUAACCAUGAUCCUCCAGAUUUUUGGAGUAUUCUUUUCUAACCUUAACCCUGCCAACCUUGAUCCAUUUGACAUUUGUUAUGCACUAUUUUUAUAUCUCUGUGAGAGAUUUUUCCAACAGUCAGCUAUUUUAUGGCACACUUUUUUUGACUGAUGACAUCUCCUUUGCUAUACCUCAAUUUUUGGAAUUUAGAAAAGAAAUCAGUAGUUUUGCAAUGUUAAUUAUUUAGGUAUUUAAUUUCGCAGAUUUUUUAACUUUAUUUUCAUAAUUUCUGCUUAAUGUUUAAAAUUGAAGAGCCUUUUCAUGUAUUAAAUAAUGAACACUAAAAUAAAUUAUAUGAUGAAAAUAAUUGGAGAUGUUGAAAACCACUUUCCCUUCUUAAACAGAAAUGAAUAUUGGAAAUGAAGGGAAAUGUAACAGAACACCCUUUUCGCUGGGUAAACAUGACAGAAAUGUAUGGUUUGUUUUACCUUCAUUUCUGUUACAAUUAAAGUUUGUUAGUCUAAUCUUUUGUUCCUCCCCCACCUCACCCCUACCUCUUUUUUUUUUUUUUUUUUUUGCCUUUUAUGUACUACAUUCUUAUUUCCUAACUGUUAAACACUGUAUUGGAGUUUGUUUUUUUUUUUAAUUUACAGAUCAUAUUUAUUUUACUAUUUUUGUAGAAAAUUAUUAAUUUUGAUUGUAUUUUUGUAUUUUCAAAGCUUCUUCACUUGUGUUCCCUAAAUGUUCAUA